ACCAACGGUCUCUAGCGCACACGUUGUGUUGGGCACGUUGGAUGGUCACACUCUAUAUGGUGCCCAAGUGACAUACACAUGUACCCCGUGCACAUUUUAUCCGCACACAGCGGCAGCCGUGAUCAUGUGUCAGUCUGAUGGCACAUGGACCACACCAGAGUGUGUAUAUGGCCCUGAUGUUGGACGUCUUUCAAAUGGGGAACUAAUUCCGACAGGAGCUGUAGGAUGUGCCCUAAACUUUGGUAGCACAUGCCCAGGAGGUGAGGCUAAAAUUACUGGCCAUCGAUUAAGGUACAAUGGUCAAUAUGGGGACUGCUAUUGUGACCGAAGAUGUUGUCGAAAAAACGUUUGCUGCUUUGAUUCCACUUGCAAUGAAGGACAUUAAGCUCGGCGCAAAAGAUCUGUUUCUAUUCCCAUGUGUAUUUAAAGCCACGAAAAACACAUGGAUGUUAGCAUUACAUAUUGUA